AUGGCCUCCUCGGUCUUUUUCAAGUUCAAGUCUCAGAAGGAGCCCACCCGCGUGGAGUUCGACGGGACAGGCAUCUCCGUCUUCGAGCUGAAACGUGAAAUCAUCCUACGAAGCGGCCUCGGCGAUGGAACCGACUUCGACCUUGUCAUCUGCGCCGACGAGGGCAUGAAAGAAGUCUACGACGAUGACACGACAAUUAUUCCCCGAUCCACUACGGUCAUUGCUCGGCGUAUGCCUCCCAAGGUAGCCGGCAGAGGAGGUGCCGCCCGCUAUGUCUCCGGCAAGAUGCCCGUACAUGCAAAGAACUCGUCGCGGCGGGAACAGAUCGCCAAACCGGCCGUCAAGGCACAGUCCAACACGUUGGCGCAGCUGAGUAGUGCGAUGACGGAGGAAGAAAAGCUGGCGGCGGUCUUCCAGGCGCAGACUGAGAACUUCACCUCCCGCGAGGAAGAGAUGGCUACACAACAAUACGUCGCCAAGGGAGGCCCCAAGAAACCGGCCAAUGUCCCCGAUCAUGAACCCCCUCAGGGCUACAUCUGCUAUCGGUGCGGUGAGAAGGGCCACUGGAUUCAACUUUGCCCAACCAACGACAACCCCGAGUACGACAACCGUCCCCGUGUCAAGAGGACAACGGGCAUUCCCAGGUCGUUCCUAAAGACAGUAGACAAGGCAACGGCGCUUGGCCAGAACGCUGACGGCGAAGACUCGAAGACUCCGUCCGGCAUCAUGGUCAAUGCGGACGGAGAGUUCGUGAUUGCUGAACCGGACAAGGCGGCCUGGGAACAGUUCCAGGCCAAAGCCAAGGCGAACCCCGCCGCCCAGAAGGCCGCUGCCGAGGAGGACAAGAUCGUCCGGGAACGAGGCUUGGAGUGCCCCGUCGACAAGAAAAUGUUCAUAGAGCCAAUGAAGACUCCGUGUUGUGAGAAGACGUAUUGCAAUGAUUGCAUCACCAAUGCUCUCAUUGAGAGCGACUUCGUCUGCCCGGCUUGCAAGGCAGAAGGCGUCCUGAUCGAUGAUCUGAAGACGGACGAGGAGGCCGUGGAGAAGAUCAAGGUGUUUCUUGCCGAGAAGGAUGGUAAGAAGGAGAGGUCUAACAGCCCCCCUGCCGAGGCAAACUCGCCGGCAACCGUCGGCAGGGAGGAAGUCGAUACUAGGCCCGACGGAAGCAAGGCAAAAUCACAUUCACCAUCGCCUGCUCCUGCAGCGCCCGCGACAAACCAACCUGCCCAGUCGUCAACUUCAACCCCGCAGAGCGCCGCGUCCACACUUGCCACUGGGGAACAGGCUCAACCUUCCAACAAGCGCCCCGCAGAGGACGCCUUGGAGAACCCCAAAAUUCCGAAAGCGCCCAAGGCCAUGCAGAAGGCGCAAGAAGUCCAACAACAAAACAUGAUGCCAAUGAUGAACGGCGGACAAAAUUACCCGGGAGGUAUGACCGGCAUGAACGGCAUGCCGAUGGGCGGAAUGCCUAUGAUGUACCCGGGCAUGCCUAUGAUGGGCGGCAACUACGGGGCCAUGGGCGGUAUGCCCAACAUGGGCAUGGGCAUGAUGAACCCCAUGAUGAAUCCUAUGAUGGCGGGCCAGAUGGGCGGCGGCUACGGCGGCAUGAACAACAUGGCCGGUGCCGGCGGGUACAACAACGGCGGUUGGGGUGGGUCCGGUGGCAUGGGCAUGAACAACGGCAACAUGGGCGGCGGGCGGACGAAUGGGAUGGGCAUGGGCACGGGCGGUGGUUACAGCAAUGGUCCUCAUCAACAGCAGCAGCAACAAUACCAGCAGCAACAACAACAGCACCAGCAGGGCCAGGGGCAGCAGCAUUUUGGACACCAGCAAAACCAAGGCCAGGGGCAACAGCACUUUGGACACCAACACAACAAUAGCGGCAAUAAAAACUUUGCCUAUCAGCCUGCUGUUGAGGAGGACGACGCCUACUUCCGCAAGCCGGUCAACCCGCAUCGACAUCAGAACCGGCAGCGCCGCGUCAGGCCUAGCGAUUACAGGGAGCUCUGA